ACACAGUGGAUCACCGGUCAACGGAAAGAGCCGAAGAUGUCAGCUUGGUCAUGUGAUCAGCUGUGUCCAAUCGCAGCCGAUCACAUCAAUGCCACCUGUCAGUGCCCAUCAAUGCCAGCUGUCAGUGCUCAUCAAUGCCACCUGCCAGUGCCCAUCAGUGCCUCAUGAAUGCCACAUAUCAGUGCCUGCCAGUUCACAUUAAUGCCACAUAUCAGUGCCUACCAGUGCACAUCAAUGCCACAUAUCAGUGCCCAUCUGAGCUGCCUUUCAGUGUCACCUAUCAG